AUGGUUCAGUACCGAGCCGCCACGGGUCAGGACUCGACGUGGCUCUGCGAGACGGGGGGUUUGUUGUCGGUGAGCUUGCGGUUGUAACCACGGUGCUUCGAGUAGUGUAUCAAUUAAAAUAGUGCCGGGAACGCAUCCGCUCGUUACCAGCUGCCUGUCAAAAGCGGUCGUCGUCGCAGCUGGUACACGCGAUCCGCUCUCGACGAUCGAUCGCUCGCGUCGAUCGACGCCACAGGGGAUGAUAGUUCGCCGAGGGUUCUGCACCGUGCACCAGCGAGUGUGAUCGACGGGACGCAUGCAUCUUCCUCGGAAACAGUGGACAGUCGUCGGUCUGACGCGUGUGUCUACGACGAACUCAUGGAACAGUGAGCGCACGUGGUUCGAGCUGUGCUACCCUCGCGAAACGGACCGGGUGGUCUGCAAGAGUCGCGGAAUCGGCGCCGCUGCUCGCCAGAAAACUAAUCGCCGGGCGGCCGGUUGAUAUCGACGCGAGAGAAUUGAAUUACGCCGAUCGCCGGUCCCCGCGGAACGUCCUCGCGUCCUCGACCCUCUUCGCUUUUCUGCGCCGCGAGCAACGAGCCGUGAGAUAGGGGCAAACCCGCUCUAGUUCAUUCGGGGCCAGUGGCGCAGUAAACUAGAGCCGUGUCUAGUAGCCGUGCUUGCGGUCUAGCCAGACCUCAAGACCGACGAUUUUCACGAGACGGGAUUCCAAACGACCAAGGCCCCGCUUCUCUCCAUCGAGGAACGUAUCGCCGAUGUCGUGCCGCGCCGUGGCCAACGCGCGGCUCCACCUGGUCAAUUACCUCGACCGGCUUGUCCAUUUUGCUCGCCGAUCUCACUGCCAUUUUUUUCUAGAAAAAAAAGAAAGAACCGUAGCCUGUUAGCAGCGCGCGUCUUUACGCCGUACGUCCUUUCGCUCCGAUCCUCGGGCCACGUGCUCCGAAUUUUCUCGCCGGAGGAAAACGCGAUACCCUGCGCAGGCUGUUACACCAACCGUUCACGAGGCUGUUCUCGGCGAGGCGGCAGUUUCCGCUCAACCAGCAGCAGUUUGCGAUUCUUUGUCCGGGAUUAAUUGUUGAUCGAGCCACGGCCUCGGUGAUUAGGCCAGCCCGGAGGCGAUCGGCGCUGUAUCGAAUCGACGACAGAGGCCUGCAGGGUCGUUUGCGGAACGAUUACCAUCGAGGCGUCGAGGAGCAGUUAGAGCGAUCGAGUAGCAAGUGGUCGUUGCCCGUUGGAACGAAAACUGCGAUAGAGUCCAGGUGGUCGGAAAGCCGGCGGAACGAUGCCGAUGCCGGCGACGACGGCGCAAUGCAGCACCGGCUACGGCUACAGCAACAACAACAGCAAGAACAACAACAACAACGGCAAGCCGAGCGAGAGGAACGGGAACAACCGGGCCUGCAACAGCAGCAACACUGGUCGCAAUUAGUGGCGGUUCGUGCCGAUCGUGAGACCAGGUAACCGCUAAAAGGGCGGCGGCGGCGGCAGGUUAGGUCCGUCGAGGCCAGGCGUUAAGGAUUCGAGGGUGUGUGCAGUGCGCGGAAGAGAGACAAAAUGUGGUGGAGGUGCCAGUGGAGUGUCGCGACUACAACCACGGUGUUCGUGUUGGGGAUUGCCACGGUGUACUCGCAGCUCGAGAUAUCUGAUCUGGAUAAGCCAAUUCCCAUCGUCGAUGUCAGUGGGGUGCAAGGCGACAAGACCGACCUUCCUUGUGACAUUCGUACUGCCGACAACGACGGUGUCAGCAUAGUAUUAUGGUACAAAGGUGGCAACGAGGAACCAAUUUACACCUACGACGGUCGCGGUGGACGACAGUUCGACAGCACCCGCCUUUGGUCAUCGCCGACGGCGCUUGGGAAAAGAGCUUUCUUUGUCACAGAAUCGAAUCCUGCUCACCUCACUAUCGAUCGAUUGCAGCUUAACGAUGAAGGAAUCUAUUCGUGCCGAGUGGACUUCAAGAAUUCGCCCACCAGGAAGCAAAAGAUUAAUCUGACUGUUAUAGUGCCUCCGACGACGCCGGUGAUACGGGACCCGACCACGAGGAAUAUCUCAAGGAUAGAGGAGCUCUACAACGAGGGAAGUGACGUGAACCUGAUUUGCGAGGUACAAGGUGGCAGGCCGCCCCCGAAGCUGACGUGGUACCUCGAGAACAACGUGAUAGACGAGUCCUACGACAACCUCCAGUCAGGGUUGACGGUUAACCGCUUGUCUUACCCUAAAGUUGGCCGGCAACACCUCAAGGAUCGGUUGAUCUGUAAAGCCAGCAACACUAACUUGGUCACGCCGCAGACGAGACUGGUCAUCCUGAACAUGAACCUGAAGCCACUGGUCGUACAGAUUUUGACGAAGGAGCCUCGAGUUUCCGCUGACAAGAACUACGACGUGGAGUGCUGGACAAAUGGUUCCAGGCCAAAUGCGGUAAUUACAUGGUGGAAGGCGAACGAACAGAUUAAGACAAUGGUAAAGAAUUACGUGGAAAACAAUCUGAGCAUCCUAAGCUUUGUGCCAAGUAUCGACGACGAUGGCAAGUAUCUGACGUGUCGCGCCGAAAACCCGGCCCUCCCGAACAGUGCUUUGGAGGACAAGUGGAGGCUGGACGUGCAGUAUCAGCCGCUGGUGACUCUCAAGAUGGGCAAGACAUUGAAUCCAGAUGAUAUCAAAGAGGGCGACGACGUAUAUUUCGACUGUUCGGUCAGAGCUAAUCCGAAAGCGUACAAACUCGCCUGGUUCAAGGACGGAAAAGAGUUGAAGAAUAAUGCGACCGCGGGUAUAGUGCUAAGCGAUUACUCUUUGGUUCUCCAGGGCAUAACCCGGUACUCCGCCGGUGAUUAUACUUGUCUUGCUGCGAACAGUGAGGGGAAGACGGACAGUAAUCCUGUGGCUCUUCGAAUAAUGUAUACCCCGGUCUGCAAGGAAGGUAGAAGCGAAGUGGUGGUCGGCGCCCUGAAGCAGGAAACCGUAUCGUUGGUGUGUUCCGUGGAGAGUCAUCCACCACCGUUGACUUUCCACUGGACAUUCAAUAAUUCCGGGGAGCUGGUGGAGGUUCCUCAUUCUCGUUACUCUCACGUGCCAGCGCCCGGGACACCGUCCGUUGCCGAAAGCCUGAAAGAGUACCAACAAUUCCACGGAUCCAAGCUAAACUAUACGCCCGCAACGGAAAUGGACUACGGCACGGUGGCGUGCUGGGCGAGUAACCAGGUUGGCAAACAACGAGCACCGUGCCUGUUUCAGGUAAUAGCAGCGGGCCGGCCAUACGCUCUCCACAACUGCACCGUGACGGAAAUGUCGGCGCCCUUGGAUGCGGAGGAGCUCGGUGCGAAAUCGGGCACCGGCCUAUUGGUUCGUUGCCUGGAAGGAUACGACGGCGGUCUUCCGAUUUUCAGCUACCAGCUGGAAGUGGUCGCCGACGAGGACGGCGGGCCGAUACUGCUGAACAAAACGGUGCCGGCGAGCCCGAACGGGCCGACGUUCGAGGUGGCGGGCCUGACCACGGGAAGAAGCUAUCGACUUUUUCUCUACGCGAUUAAUGCGAAGGGGAGGAGCGAGCCUGCCAUUCUCGAGCCGGUGACCCUGAAAGGCGUCGCCAUGUACACGACCGGCACCACGGACGCAUCGAUGCUGAGCCCGUUGCUGUUGGGUCUGGCAGCAACAGCGACUCUUUUGGCCCUGGCCGUAGCUGGAAUCCUGGCGGCGCUCUACCGGAAGCACUCGAACGGCCGGUCCGGAAGUCCAAAGCACGCUCCCAUCGUGUGCGAGCCACCUAAUGCAGGUGCAACUACCCCGAUACACUCUCAGACCAAGCAGGCGGUCGAUGACAUCGAUCCGGACAUCAUACCCAACGAGUAUGAGAGAAGACCCCUAACAUACACACCGAUAUACAAGACACCCCCGCAAAGAAGAAAGAAGGAUCGCGCCACGGACGACUCGAUCUCGCCCGAGAAACGACCGAUCGUGCAACACGGAUUGGAUCUACCGUCGGACCCGAUCCUAAGCGAUUGUCUGCCAACGCCAACCAUAAAUUACCCCCAGAAUCAUAUCCCUCAGUCGAACACUUACAACCAUACGCCCACUAUGGCGGACUUCAAGCAAAUCGCAAUGGAUGCUUACAAUCAGCGUAACAACCAAAAUGUCUACUACAGUCUGCAGAGGUCGAGCAAAGGGCUCUCGUCGAUGCCGCAGAGGCCGGUGUCUUCGUCGAUCUCCGCGCAGGGCAAGUUCCAUCAGCCGGAAGUGGUAACGCGCUCGAACCGGAUACAGGAGAGUUGUAUAUAAAUCCGAAUACACACUGACAAAAAGAGACACAGCAAGGGAGAGAAAAUGAGGGUGUGAGAGAAAGAGUGCGAGAGAGGGAGAGAGAGGGGGGGAGA